AUGCUUAAUGAUUCUUCUUUCUUUGAUCUAGAUUCUUUUAGUAAAUCAACAGAUCCGAUAUAUAAUACAGUAUCAGUUAGCGACAUUCUGCAAACAACAUAUCCUGAUGCUUUAUCUUUUAAAAUUCUCUCGAUUGAUGAACCAAUAUCUUAUCUUUUUUUAAUUCGAUUCAAGCAUGGGCAAAAAAUCGUCGAACUCUCAAAAGACUUGAAGAAUUUAAAGCCACUAUGUUCUUUUCAACGAUAUUCUGUUGUGAUAGCAGCAUCAAUAAAUUCCGCCCACGACAAAAUUAUUGUAACAAUGUUUCAAUCGUCAAAUACAUUCACAGAAAGCUCAAACUAUGCUAUAAAAUGCAUUUUACUUAACACAAAUCCUCAAAUUGUUUAUCCAAUUUCAAAUAUUCUUACUUCCAGACCUAUUGUUGAAUGGAUCCCUAAUUCCAACCGAUUUGUUAUCUUUACAAAUGAAAAUAGAUAUGAAAUAUGGGAAUUAAAUUGUUCAAAAAACGAAUUUGAAAUUAAUCGAGUUUCAAAGUCAGAAAAAGGCAUCACAUGGGUUGGUCUACUUAAUAAAAACGUUUUAGAAUACACGAAAAACAACAAAGAUGGGCAUAUUCUUACAUCUGUAAUUGAUUCAAGCAAUAAUACAAAAACUAACCUUCCUCCUGUCACAGCUACCGAAUUUUUCUACAGCCAUCUCUCUGUGCUUACCCACGAUGUCUUCUUUAUUAACUAUUUGCAACAUUUGAUGAUUGCUCUUCCAGCAGUAGGUCUUUCCUUAGAUUUUAUAUUCAGAGCAGGUAAAAUGGAUAUUUUCGAUGUCGCAGCGAUCAGAAAUGACAUCCUUAUAAUCAAUACUCCACCAAAAUAUUUUCUUUGUAUUUUAUUAGAUUCUUAUUGCCAGCCACGAGCUGUUUUCACCAUUUCCCAGCGUCGCGAUGUUCAACUAUCCUUCAUAGAGUCAUCAAACUACACUGUUGUCGAUAUCAAAACAGGACAAAUUUCGACAAUUGAAUUUGAUUUCGAAGAAAUAAAGAAGAACCAGCCAGAAGCAUUCUUACCAUUAAUGCAUGAUAAAGUUCUGUCUUGUGAAAACUCUUUUGAUGUUCUUUCCCUAAUAGAUAUGAAUAUUUUGAAACUUUUUUGGUUUGGCGAAAUUAUUGAAGAAUUUAUUUUAUGCCACAUCCGAAAAUGUUUCAAAUUGGCGAAAAACUUUAGUUUGUACGACUUCCUCAAUUCCAGGUUGACAACAUUAGUUCCUUCCCGACACUACAUUGAAAUGCUGAGUUACUUUUUACCUUACCAAAGUAAAAUGGUCGAUGAACUGAAAUCUCCCCCUCAAAUUAUGAAUUGGAAGAAAGCUUUUCAAAAACUGCCAGAAUUGAGUGACUUAAAAGGUGUCAUUUCUGCAGCAAUAGAAAGUGUUUCUCCUGUUCAUUUCAAAGAGGAUGUAAGAUACAUUGCGAUGCUGCAAGUGUUGACUGUUUAUUUUAGAGUUGGAGAAGAGUUCAAGGCUUCGAACACGAUGAAGAAAGAGACAAUGAAAAAUUUGUCUGAAAAUGAAAAAGAAAUUUGGCUCGCGAAAGGAAUCAUUAUUUUCAACGAAAUGGACUUAAAAGAUAAAGAACAAGAGACAUGUCAAUGGUGGAUUCUCAGAACUACUUUUGAUGUAGAAGAAAUAAUAGAUAAAGAUGCUGAAUUCAAGACUAAUAACAUACUGAAAUAUAUGUUAGAUACUUAUGAUUGUCAAGAUUUAUAA